GUCAUUUUUCCGGGGCGGUGAAAGACUCCAGGCCUUCGCCUCACUUAAUCGUCGAUUAGAAGCCGGCCGGCGAGUGAGACCGGAAGACCGGAGAUAUUCUGAGUUCCUCCAACGUAACCUUUUCUCCGUUUCUGUUUGAUGACAGCAACCAUGGCCUCCCCCUCAGAGAAAGUCUUCCCAACUUACGACGAAACGGUGGGUUCAAAAUUGCUCCGCAAAUCGAAGGACAUGCCCUUUGUCCCCGUCGGUCUGGCGGGUUUUUUCUCCCUGGCCGCCUAUGGCAUCUACCGGCUGAAGCACCGAGGAGAGACCAAAAUGUCCAUCCACCUCAUUCACACGCGGAUGGCUGCCCAGGGCUUUGUGGUGGGCAGCAUUGUGUGCGGUGUGGUCUAUACCAUGAUCCGGGAUUACGUCUGGAAACCUCACUUGAAGUCUUCGGAAAACCGUUGAAACUCUCCCACUUCUUCGCUACCGUGGGAAUAGUUUUCUACCCAUAACUGGUUGCAGCGAAGGAAGAAAAAAAAAAACCCACAAAUUUAAUUCUAAUUUGAUACCCCUUCCACACACACACAACCUUCCCUGCGGCCAGAAUUCCUUUCGGGCGUCCCCUCAAAAAAAAUCCCUUAUUUUCUAUUUUAUUUUUCUCACGACCCCGAACUGAGCUUUUGUUCCUUCUCCGCCGCACUCCUCUAGGCGCCGGGCGAGACCGAGGCAACUCCGUAUUUUUCUCUUUUCAACAGACAACCUUUUGGAGGAAAAAAAAGAAUCAAAUUGUGACACUCUCCAUUCUGUGUGUUUUCUUCCCCAAAAAUCGAGAUUGUUUUUCCCGGCUUCCUUCAGAAAUGAAUUUACAUUCAUUUUACAUCAGACAUGAAAUCCUCAAUCCGCCAACGUGGGUGGUGGGUGGGAGGGCAUUGCUUUCUAAAUCUAUUUUUGGGGAAGAUUAUGAUGAGUUUUGGUGUUUUUAUUUGUCGCUUGAGUUCCUGUUGCCAUCCUGUUAAAUGUGCUUUUUUUGGGGGGGGGGGGGACACCAGAAAAACCACAAUUUUGUGACUGAAAGGAGGGAGCAUUCUAACACUUCAGCUGUCGAUCAAGCUGCUCCCAAUUGUAUUUAUUACACCUUAUUAAAACCGUAGAUGUUUAAAUUAUUUAGCC